AUUUAAGCACCUUCGCUACGCCUCAUUCAGUUCCAGCUCCAUAGAGAAAGAGGAGCCAAUUCAGAAACCCUCGCUGCCGCCGCCAUGGUGAAGUACUCGAAAGAGCCUGAUAAUCCCACCAAGUCUUGCAAGGCUAGAGGCUCUGAUCUUCGAGUUCAUUUCAAGAAUACAAGGGAGACAGCUUUUGCAAUAAGAAAAUUGCCUUUGGUCAAGGCUAAAAGAUACUUGGAAGAUGUGACGGUCCACAAACAGGCUAUUCCCUUCCGACGCUUCUGCCGUGGUGUGGGACGUACUGCUCAGGCCAAGAACAGGCACUCAAAUGGACAGGGACGCUGGCCUCUCAAAUCUGCGAAGUUUAUUCUAGAUUUGCUGAAGAAUGCUGAGAGCAAUGCUGAAGUGAAGGGUUUGGAUGUAGAUUCACUCUACAUCUCUCACAUCCAAGUUAAUCAGGCCCAAAAGCAACGUCGCCGUACCUAUCGUGCACAUGGAAGAAUUAACCCUUAUAUGUCUUCACCAUGUCAUAUUGAGUUAACUCUGUCUGAGAAGGAGGAACCUGUGAAAAAGGAGCCUGAGACCCAGCUGACAACAAGCAAAUCAAAGAAGAGUCAAGCCUUGCGCAGUGGUGCUUCUUCUUAAGUACUCAUUGCUUAGCACAUUAAGGAGUGUUUUGUAGCUUUUCAUUGGUGAUUUCAAAUUGGAGUGAAUUUUGUUAUAGACUGAGUUUUUAUUAAGAAGACUGCCUGUUUUUGUUUCAGACAAUUUUUUGUUUAAUGUUCUAUGAAAGAUUUUCUUUGGGAAAUCGGAUGUGGACAUGCAUUUUGGAGUUUCAUGUAUACAUUAGUUGCCUGGUUUUGUACA